CCCCGUUCCGGCGCUCCCAACCGCCUGCGCCCGCUGCUGUGCGGCGGCGGGGAUGGCGAGCCGCGGGGCCCGGGCGGCGCCGGUGGCAGCGGGGCCGCCGUUGGGCGAGGAGGCCUGAGGGACGGGCCCGCGCGGGGAGCGAGGCGAGGCCGAGCGUGUGGCCCCGGGAGAGCGAGGGCGAUGGACGCCAACGUGCCGAAGCGGAAGGAGCCUGGCAAGUCCCUGCGCAUCAAAGUCAUCUCCAUGGGCAACGCCGAAGUGGGGAAAAGCUGUAUUAUAAAGCGAUACUGUGAGAAAAGAUUUGUGUCGAAAUACCUUGCAACAAUUGGAAUUGACUAUGGAGUCACAAAGGUACAAGUCAGAGACAGAGAGAUCAAAGUGAACAUCUUUGAUAUGGCUGGACACCCCUUCUUCUACGAGGUUCGUAACGAGUUUUACAAGGACACACAGGGUGUGAUGCUGGUCUAUGAUGUUGGGCAAAAAGACUCCUUUGAUGCCCUUGACACGUGGCUGGCGGAAAUGAAGCAAGACCUUGGACCUCACGGGAACAUGGAAAACGUUGUCUUCGUAGUGUGUGCCAACAAGAUUGACUGCACCAAGCACCGCUGUGUGGAUGAAAGUGAAGGGCGUCUUUGGGCCGAAAGCAGAGGGUUCCUGUACUUUGAAACUUCAGCACAAACCGGAGAAGGAAUUAAUGAGAUGUUCCAGACCUUCUAUGCAGCCAUAGUUGACUUAUGUGAAAACGGCGGGAAACGUCCGAUCCCAAAUAGCAGUGCUAGUUUCACCAAAGAACAAGCAGACACCAUUCGCAGAAUUCGAAAUAGUAAAGACAGCUGGGACAUGUUGGGAGUCAAACCUGGAGCGUCAAGGGACGAAGUCAACAAAGCCUAUCGGAGGCUCGCGGUGCUGCUCCACCCGGACAAGUGCGUGGCGCCUGGCAGUGAGGAUGCCUUCAAAGCGGUGGUGAACGCCCGCACGGCCGUCCUGAAGAACAUCAAGUAGGAAGGAGAGGAAAGGACGCGUGGGGCUCAGUACGAACAGGCUUUCCCUGGAGGUACAACAGCCAACGUGGGCUUCCCUCCACAGAACCUCCCUGCUCGUUUCCCGUGUGUGUUGUCAGCCCUGAAUCAGUAAUCCAGGCGCCUGCUGCCAUGUCACGGCGGGGGCGAAGGGACCACACGCCUGCGGCGCUCACCGCAUCUUUCUAGGUUGACAGCAAGUCCCCCCGUAGGCCCCUUCUCAGGAGAGUCCAAAGGUUCUGGAGGGAGGACAGGAAGACCCUUUCACCUCUUUCUUUUUUAUUAAUUCAUCAUCAGAAUUAAAACGGAAGCAGACAAUAUCGAAACCCCUGGAAGUUUGGUGUGACCUCACAAGCAAGUUGCUCCUUUUAGGAUGAGUCCUUAGGUGGUGGUGUAACCAUCAAUCUAAAAUUAAUGAGCUCUUAGAGCCCUUUGGAAGUUUGUGAAACAGAGUGAUGCGAUUUUGAAUUAAGCAGCCCUUUUUUGACAUUUAGUCUGUUCCCUUCUCUGACCACCAGGGGGAGAGACGAGCCAGUCCUGAGGGUAAAAGCAAUGGCAGCCACACUUCUGGGUAAACUGGCUGCUGCUAGUCGGGCCCCUGGAUCUGAGGUCUCUCCCUGACUGUGGAAAUGGGUGCUGGUUGCUGUGGGAAACAUCAUCACCUAGGAACGAGGAACCAGACCCAAGACAAGGGCUUGAGGGCACACUGGAUGGUGCACACCUGGCCAGGGGCCCGGCAGCCUGGCUCAGGCACAUUUGAUGCCUUAGCGGAGCCCCCAUAUGAGGUUUAUGCCUUUUAUUGCUUCUGUAUUAUUUGCUGCAGACAAAUAAUGGUGGGAAAGGCAGGGGUGCUGCCCAACAAGCCAGGUCUCCUCCUCAGUGUCAGUUCCUCUCCUCUGGCCUCCUUAUUCCAUAUACUACAUCCGCCAUCAGUUCUCCCCUUCAGUCCCUGGCUUCCACCCACUGCCUCCCUACGAGCCUGGGCCUGGGCCUGGGCCUGGAUGAGCAGAGGCAAGUGUGGGUCCUUUGGUGGGGCCGGUGGAGGGAGAGAUCCUUAAGCCUGUGUGGGAGGAAUCGCCAUCAUUUUGCUUGGGUCCCAAAUUUCUGAAUAGUGAUAUCUUAUGCUACAGAUUAUAGAUUCCUUCACAUAGAGAAAUCCAUUUCGCCGUCAUCUCCAGCGCAGUCUCCCAGGAUGGGUGAAGAUCAGGCCUGGCCUUUCUCUCAGGCGUCUACCCCUCUCAGGGGUGGCUCAUCGCCUGUCACUCUCAUGAGGAUUCUCAUGUUUUUAGCUGUGACCACGCUGCACUGAUGGGGGCUUUAAGGUUCAUAGGACACUACUUUCUGUGAAUUUUACCAGCUGUCCCAUGUAGACCGCCGGUUGGCAUGCCUACACCUCAGGAGAAAGGCACUUCCAUUCAUUCACGCCCACUGCGUCUGGGAUUCUUGCCCUCCCAAAGCAGCUGCAUUCGGUGGCUGCCCUUGGGCUACAGGGAGCUAGUCAGAAACCAGAGCAUUGAUUUCUAGUAGGUUCUCAUCUCCAUGAGACCGAAAUGUUCUUUUUUAUGAAAUGAGGUCUGAGAUCUGAUUUCUGGUGGGGUUUUCCUCUGGCUGUUUAAUGUUAACUAGCUCUGAGACUGCGGAACUCCAACCCAAGGUUCUCUGGACCUGAUGUUGCUUAAGGCUUUCAUCAUGCUUACGGUAAUGAACAUCGCUCUGUUCUGGCUACAGAAUUGAGGAGUCGUGUGAAUGAGGGAUCACACGUGGCCGUGUCAGCCCAAGUUGACCUGACAGCUUGCUGUGUGUGUGGCCCUGUAUAAAGAGCUGGGGCCAGUUUUCAGCACUGUCCUUAAACCCUGGGCCAGUCACCUCAUUCACCUACAGUGAGAGCGUGCGGCUGGGCAGUUACAGGGGGCGUUCUUUCGGCUUCCAUUCGUAUCCCUAUGUAGCGACUGACUUGUUGGAAUUUAGCCUGAUCCUGUCCUCAGGUCCUGGGACUCAGUUCCCAGGACCUUCAUUGGGAGUCAAGGCGGCCAUGUACUGCUUCACUUACGGAAAAGAGAGGAAGCCAGGAUUGUCUGACUUCCAUAAUUCUUGAGUAGAAUAUUAAAAGAUAAUGAAGCAUGAACAGCAAUGAGAAGUUUUUUAGGUACUAACUUCAUACAAACUUACAGACCUCUGUGCAUUAAUUUAACUUCUUGGUGCAAAUAUGCCCUUUCUAGUUCAAUCUUAAAAUUAUUCAGCCAGUUAGGAUUUCAGAAUACAUCAGUGAGAGUAACAACUAGCAGAAUAAUUUUAAUGGCUAAAAAAAUGUUAGAGGGAAUCUUGUUUUUCAAAAAGGAAUAAAAAGUUUGAACAGCUAUUAUUAAAGAAAAGCCAUUCCUUCCACAUCUGAGUCACCAAGAAUUAACUUUUAAAACUUGUCAGAAAAAACCCUGGAGGCAUUUCAAGCUAAUCGUCCAACCUGCCCAAGCACUUUAACAUCCACCCGCCUUCUGUUCCACUGUCCCCUCCCGCCUCCAUUUGAAUCGCUGUUCUCGCCUGUCAGCACUUCUGUUAUUCACGCGCCAUUUUCUUCUUCACAUAAUGUGUCCUUGGCAUUGUCGUCAGUCUGUUAAGGGACUGUAGACGCGGGGUGUCGUGCUGCUACCCCCCCAUAAACUGCUCUGAUGCUGGAGCUCACACACUAUUCUUUAAGGCUCACAUUUACCUCAGGAAACUUAGGUUAGUAUGUUCUCAGCCUUGAAUUCUCAGCUGGUCAAUAUUUUUUAUACCCAUAACCUAGUACCUACUUCACUGUUAGUCCCAUGAGCCAUAGACGAGGCAGCUGACUUUCUGAAAGAAAGCCGAGUGAGUGCAGCACCGGAGUGAGGUCGUCGCCCCUCGCAGCACAGGGACAGCCUGGAGGGGCGAGGGGUCCCAGUGUCGGGUUGGAAGGGGUGGAGCUGGUGCACAUUGUGUGUCACGGCGACGGCGCCUUCUCCCAGGAACUUUGGUCGGCGCCGGGAUGUCACUCCCUUCACUGCAUGCUGUCCAGCUCACGGAGUCUGCCGAUGAUGUGGUGAAACUUUUGAAAAUGAGUUUAGCUGCAAAAUAUAGCUAACCACCUUCCAUCGCAAGUUUUGCAAAGUGGAAAGAGGUUCAGACUUGGGAUUGGGAUUGAGCACAAUUGUAAGAUACACUUGAUACCAUUUGUACAUUGGUUUUCCCACGAACCAUCUCUAGAGGAGACAGCAUUUAAUCUGGGAUGUGGGUGCAUCAGCUGGUGUGGAACCAGCAGGGCAGGACCGCUGUGCAGGGCGGGCCGGGGGGGAUGACCUGUUGGAAAUGGGACGGUUUGGGUUGGCUUCCUGCAUCGGUUGCCCUGUGACUGUGAAUGCAGAGUCUCUAAGCAAACCUUUUGCUCUUACGAGGUAAUUUGCAUAUUUGCUUUCUGUUGAAAUAACUGAAAAUGUUAAAUCCAACAGUUGUUUAUGUCUUGUAUAGAGAGUGUCAUAUGUAUUUAAGUUGUGUAUUUUUAUAAAGUAAAGCCAAAUAUCACACACUG